AUGAGGGAUAUAGCCAACCAAAACUUGUGCAAGGCCAAGGAGCAAGAGGACGAGGUCCAAAGUCAUAGGGCUACCUCGCCAGACUAUGGCCGAGGUGAAAGUCCAUUCGAGAGGGAAGUGGGAGUUGACAUUUCCUCCAAUUAUGCAUCUGGCCGACCCUCCGAGGUCCAAAUGAGCCAUGAUAACUUUCCACCUCCGUAUGAGCAAGACCCAAGACAGAGGAGAGCAGGAAGUGUUUUUGACAGAAUCAGCCCUGCCGAACCAAGGCCCAGUCAACAGCAGUCUCAGCAGCCUCAGGCGAGGCCACAGCCUCCACCUCCGAUGCCCAAACAGCCGGAGAGAAGAAACAGGGCAAGCAGGGGCCUCCCACCUCCUCAGAGACAGCGAGGUAGGGGGCCGACCUCACACCUCAUGGACUACCAGAUGAACCAAUCUGGAAAUGAGAACUCCGGCCAAGCCCUGGCCACCACACCUCUGAACGCGGUACCAACCUUGGCGUAUGAGGAUGUCAACCCAGCCGCCGACUCACAUCAGAUACAGGCCCAGCAGGGACCCCGUAGAGGGAGAGGCCGAGGCCGAGGUUUCGCACCUAGAAACAGGUCUAAUCCGAACCUCCCUGGAUACUAUUUGCACCACAGAUCCUACGGGCACGACACCGCGGAUUGUAGAGAAUAUGCACACCGCUCCCGGCAGGAACCCGCCAGGGAAAGACAUAACUUGCCCCCGGCGAACAGGCCCCCACCCAGGCAAGACAAUCGACAUGGGCGUGAGGCGGCCGCUCCUCGUCAAAGGGAUGUCUCCCCAAGGCGACGAGAGCAAGACACAGAGAGGCCCAGGGAAGGUGGAGAUGGGAGAAUCCCCUCAAACUAUAAUGAACUUUAUGGAGUUCCUCGUAGUCAACAGCCGAUCGGCUUACCACGGAGUCUUGGGUAG